CCGCUUUGGAACCCGACGACUGCAGUUCUUACACGAUACACACACACAUAUAUCUAUACAGAUAUAUAUAAUCUCUUCGGAGCCGACAAACAAAGCAAAUAGCAAAAGAUGCCGCAAGAGCUUCCCGGAUUCUAUUAUGAUGCUGAAAAGAACAGGUAUUUCCCUAUUAAAUCCCCUAUUCCUGGUGCCCCUCCUUCCACCAGUGCUUCUCAAAAACCAACCUCAAUUUCCAAAAAGGCAAAAUAUGGAGGGAAUGAAAUAGCAGACAAAGUUGUUACGAUGCUUCAUGUGAGGGAGUUAUGCGGUAAUUCAAUCAGCUCUAACAAAAAGAAGGUCAACUUUGAAAAUCAAUACCAAAAAAUACGGGCAUCAAAACCUAUAGUUUGGAAAUAUCAAGAGACAGAGAGGGAUUCUGAUGCUGCAUUGGAACACGUAUAUGUCAACGUCCAGACACGGGAUGGCCUUACUGAGUCUGAAGUAUUACUGACUGGAGGUCUUAAUAACAUGUUUCGUUGUUAUGAAGUUGGAUCUGUGAUGGAACGAGAUGGUAUUAUCGGGUGGGAAAUUGUGCCAGAUCUAUUGCAGCCUACAAAUAUAGAAAAACAAACUGCAUCAUUAAAGUCACCAGGACCUGUUUAUAGUCCACAUUUGUUUCAGAUGGGCUCAAAUAUAUCAUGUAUAAAGAUACCAAGAAACUAUGAUCCUCAAGCAACUGAUGUUGAUUCAUCUGUUUCACAUGCUUUAAUGACUACCUUGGGAUCCGAAACAUCAGGUGGAUCUGUUUGUCUAAUGAAUCUUAGUGAACCAUUGGAUUUGGGUCGAAGAAUUGAUGAGAUUUCUGUAUUCAAAUCAACAAUUUGGACAGCAGAUAGCUAUUCAGAUGGAAGCCGAGCAGUGGUUGGUACCAAUAUUGGAGCUGCCUUGGUAAAUAUAGAAACAGGAAGAAAGUCAUGGAUAUGCCGUUCCAAAAGUGAUGUUUUGUCUCUGCAAUUGGAUUAUUCGGGAAAGCUUGUUUUAUGUGGACUCCGAAAUGGUGCUAUUGUGACAGUUGAUACUCGCCAGAAACCCCAAGACUUACAUGCUGGGUGUCCUAAACAUGAAAUCUCUUUUCCAUCUAUUAAAACUGGCAAAUCUAACAGUGCAAGAGGUCAAAAACGUGAUAAACAAUGGUUUGAGGUCAGGGGAAAUGUCGAUCACUCUCGAAUGAUCUUUAUGCCUUCAUCAAUUUCAUGUUUGGUGGCACUUAAGCUUUAUGAUCAGUAUUUUUUGGCCAGCUCUAUGGAUGGAACGAUGAGGCUUUAUGAUCAUCGUUUGACACAAAGAGGAGCUGUACAGUUGUACGAGGGAAAUGUGAACUCUCAUACUCGUAUCCAGAUGGGUGUGGACCCAUCAGAGAGAUUUUUGAUGUCAGGGGGAGAAGAUUUCUAUAUGCGGAUGUGGAGUAUAAAGUCUGGCGAAAUGUUAUACGAAGAUAAAUUCAUGAAUUCAGUGCCAUCAGUUCUGUGCUGGGCAAGAGGAGGUCCAGACUGCAACAGAGGACCUAAAAACCAUCUCCCGGGGGCUUGGUUAGGGUCUCAGGAAGGUCUCUUUUAUGUAAAUACUUCAUGAUGUUUGACCAGCUUAAAGUUCUAGAAGGAAUCAGUCAUGAAAUUCCACUGGUACUUGCUUGUUCCCAUCGUCAUAUGUGCCGGGGUUUACUUAAAUGGUGUGGCGAGGAUUUUCAAACUGGAUUGAUAUUGCUUCAACAUUCAAACGACCAAUUUCCUUGUGGCAACUGCGGGUCAACAUCAAUGUGAAUAUGAUCUAUCAAAACAUUUAAAGAUUUCAAAUUGUCUUCAAGUGUGGGCAUCUACCUGCUUGGGUGCGUCUUACUUGGUCAUAAAAUAGAUGUUUUCAGUCUGCUAACGAUCCUCCAUGCUGGGUUAAUCACUUAAGGCUGGAAUCUAGGCCUUGGUUGUGUCUUAGACAUAACUUAGAACUCAGCCCUACUGAUUAGCUCUGAUGUUAAUUGCUAUUAGUCAACCCGUGAUCCAUUUAGGUCAAACUUACUACAUCUUAAGUUAUUUACUUAAUAAUGAUGCUUUUAGAACUCGAACCCAGUUUUGUUGGGAUAUGAUAGUGUUGUAAUACUUUCACAGACUUGGUAGCUUUUUUUCAAUUGCAUUUCACAUUUUGAAGUUAAA